AUGCUAUAUAAGUUCAAUAUAUGCAAAACAUGGCCUCAAAGAAUUGGAUCCCAAGAGUUCCGUACGUUCAAUGCGCGGAAUCCCUCAAGAUCUUGUUUUUUCGCGGUUUGGCAGCCCAAACAUGGGCUCAAGAAUGCGUUGUGUUUUGUAAAUUUCAUGGGCAUAAGCCCAAUAGCUUGCGUAUUUGCACUUCCAUGGCUCUGUGUGGCUGUUCGGCCAUCUGUUGACGAAAUUGGGCACCGAUCGCUUCUGCUGGAGAAGGGUAAGGAGGCGACGUGCGAAGGAGAGCGACGUGAGCGCCUGCGGGAAGGGCUGCGUGGAGUGGGCCUCACCGGAGAGGGAAAUCCCUGCGAAUGGACGGGCAUCGAGUGCAUCGAUGGUUGCAGUGUGCGGAGGAUUGAGAGCAGAGAGGCCUCCGGCAAUGUGGCCUCUUUUGGGAACAUGACCAGCCUCGAGGACCUGAGUCUCUCACAUCUCAACGUCUCUGGGGAUCUCUCCUCCCUCCAACACCUGACCAGCCUCAAGUGGCUUUACCUUUCCCAGACCCAGGUCUCCGGGGAUCUCUCCUCCCUCCGGAACCUGACCAGGCUUUCGUGGCUUGACCUCUCCCAGACCCAGGUCUUUGGCGACAUCUCCUCCCUCCAACACCUGACCAGCCUCAAGUCGCUUUACCUUUCCCAGACCCAGGUCUUCGGCGACAUCUCCUCCCUCCAGAACCUGACCAGCCUCAAAGCCCUGGACCUCUCCCACACUCAGGUCUCUGGAGACAUCUCCUCCCUCCAGAACCUGACCAGCCUGUGGCGCCUGGACCUCUCCCACACUCAGGUCUGCGCAGACCUCUCCUCCCUCCAGCACCUGACCAGCCUCGAAGCCCUGGACCUCUCCCGCAUUCAGCUCUCCGGAGACAUCUCCUCCCUCCAGAACCUGACCAGCCUCGAAGCCCUGGACCUCUCCCAUACCCAGGUCUCAGGGGACCUUUCACACCUCCGGAAGUUGUCCGAGCUCCGCCUGGCCCAGACCCCAGUGCAGGGCGACGUCGCAGCGCUGGAGCACCUGCCCGAGUUGAAGCUCGCCGACCUCUCUGGGACGUUGGUGUUUGGAUUCCUGGAAGGAAGCUGCAAGAAGGACUACUGCCAGAAGCUCCGAGAUCUGAACGUGGCCGACACCAAAGUGGGCAUUGGGAAUCCUUUGCUCAUGUUUGCCUCCAUAGGUUGGGCUGCUUUGCAGACAUUGAAUGUCAGUGGCAGCCAGCUGAAUCUCACCACGCAGGAGCUACUUGAGCCUUUGAAGUUCACGCGCAUCACCCGCCUUCUCGCAGCCAACUGCGCCCUCCACGGGUCUGUGCCCAGUCUGAAGGGAUGGCCGUUCGGCCGGACUUUAAGCGGGUCUUUGCAGGUCUUAGACCUCUCCCACAACCGAAUGGAUGCCGUGAGUGCUGACUCAUGGCUGCCCAAAAUCCGCUUGGAUCUGAGCCACAAUGCCCAUCCACUGCGAGUCAGCGCAGAGGUCCUCCGCCGCGUCAUCAAGUCAGGGAUGGAGCUGUGGCUCACGCGCACGGAGCUGGCGAAUCGAGACGAGGUCAUGGGCCUUUGGCAAACGGAGCUAAGUCCGCAAGAGGCUUGGACUCCAAGACCUUCUCAAGGCUUCGAGUGCCAAGACCUUUCCAAUCCCAAUCUGCGUGUUACUCCGGAGCUGUUCCUCCCGGAGCAGAUGUGUUCAUGCAGCCCCGGCUUCUUUGGAAAAGGCGCCGAUUGCCAGCAGUGCCCAAAUGGCACAUACAGCGCAGGGAGGAAUUCCUCCCACUGCACCAAAUGCCCCGAGGGCAGCAGGUCAUUGGCUGGAUCCACAGCUGUGAGCCAGUGUGUUUGUCCUUUCGGCAGCCCAGAAGAAACAUCCGAAGGAACAAGUCGUUGCAGAUGUGAUGCCCAUCAAGCUCUCAUCUCCCAGCAGCUCUGCAUUCCCUGCAACGAACUGCACUUGCUGUGCGAAACAUCAGGGCACGUGGCGAAAGAUGCGCCACUGGAGGACGGUUUUUUGCGGUUGGAGGUGCCCUCCGAGGAGAUCUUCCAGUGCUUGGAUGCGAAGCAUUGCUAA